UCCUCCAUCUCCACCACCCUCCCCUCCUUCCUCCACCACCUCCCCCUCCUCCUCCUCCUCCUCCUGGCCCUCGCCCCCGUCCCCACCUCGGCCGCCACCUUCAAGAUCGGCGUCCUGGGCCCCUGGAGCUGCGACCCCGUCCUGUCCCGCGCCCGGCCGGACGUGGCGGCCGCGCUGGCCGUGGCCCGGCUCAACCGCGACCCCGCGCUGACCUCCGGCCACUGGUGGGACGCCGUGGUGAUGUCCGAGCCGUGCUCGGCCCCUCAGGCCGUGGCCGGAGUGGUCAGCGCCGAGCGUUACGCCGCCGCCAUCGUGGGCCCGCUCAACCCGGCCGCGUGCGGCGCCGCGGGGCUGCUGGCCGCCGCCUGGAACAAGCCCCUGGUGUCCUGGGCGUGCGGCCGGCCGGACGGACGGACGGACACGCCGGCGGUCACUCUGCUGCGGCCGCUGCCCGCGCCGGCCGCCGUGCUGCACGCGGUGCUGCGGCACUUCCGCUGGGCGCACGUGGCCGUGGUGGCCGCGCCGCAGGAGCUGUGGGUGGACACCGGGCGGGAGGCGGCCGAGGAGCUGCGGGCCAAGGGGCUGCCGGUCAGCGUGGUCACCGUGGCCGGAGAGGACGAGGAGGAGGCCGAGGAGGCGCUGAGGAGGGUGCAGAGGGCGGACGGGGUCAGAGUGAUCCUGAUGUGCAUGCACUCCGUCCUGCUGGGCGGCCGCGAGCAGAAGGUCCUCCUGGAGAAGGCCGAGGACCUGGGCAUGACCGACGGCACCUUCGUCUUCGUGCCCUACGACGCGCUGACCUUCGCGCUGCCCUACCGGCGCGUGCCCUACCCCGUGCUGGCCAACCACACCAAGCUGCGCCUGGCCUACGACGCCGUGCUCACCAUCACCAUCGACUCGCCCGACCUCUCCUUCCACGACGCCCUGGACGAGGCCAAGAGGGCCCGCGAGGUCCCCGCCGACCUCGACCCCGCUCAGGUCCACCCUCUCUUCUCCACCAUCUACAACUCCAUCCACUUCCUGGCCACGGCGGUGGAGGCGGCGCGCCGCGCCGGCCGCUGGGUGAUGGGCACCAGCGUGGCCGAGCACGCCCGCGACUUCCAACUCCAAGGCUUGGGCCAGACCUUCACGGUGGACGGGGACGGCGCCGUGUCCGUGCCCUACGUGGUGCUGGACACGGACGGCAAAGGCCACCACCUGUGGCCGGUCUACGGGCUGGAGCCGGGCACGCGCGGCCUCAGCUACCGCAGCCACAGCCCCCACUGGCCCCACAGCUCCAGCCCGGCCACCGACGCCGGCUGCUGGUUCGACUCGGCGGCCAUCUGCAACGGCGGGUUGGACGCCGGCUUCGUCUUCUUCCUCUUCCUCCUCAUCGCCGCCCUGGGCGCGGCCGGCGCCGCCCUGGCGUGUCACAUCCGGCGCCGCAUUCUCCAGGCCCAGCUCAUGAAGGGCCCCAACAAAAUCAUCCUGACCAUGGAGGACCUGACCUUCAUCAACACGCAGAGCAGCAAGCAGGUGGACAGCAGCCAGGCCAGCCUGGCCGGCCAGAGCGGGGGAGGGGACACCAAGAGCGGCGCCGCCCCCGGCCCCGACACCUCCAACGUGGCCGUGGCCGAGGAUAACGCAGCAGCGAAGGGCAGCAGCAACCUCCCCCUGCUGCUGCUGCUCUUUAACCAGCAGGGCCUUGUCGCCUCCGUGCAGGGCGACUGGGUGUGGCUGAAGAAGUUCCCAGGUGACCAACACACGGAGGUGAAACCGGCCACCAAGCUGACCUUCUGCAAGCUGCGGGACCUGCGCCACGAGAACGUGAACCUGUUCCUGGGCUUCUUCCACGACUGCGGCAUCUUCGCCAUCGUGUCGGAGCACUGCUCGCGCGGCAGCCUGGAGGACCUGCUGCGCAACGAGGACAUGAAGCUCGACUGGAUGUUCAAGUCCUCGCUGCUCAUCGACCUCAUCAAGGGCGUGCGGUAUCUGCACCACCGGGACGUGGUGCACGGGCGCCUCAAGUCGCGGAACUGCGUCGUCGACGGGCGCUUCGUGCUCAAGGUCACCGACCACGGCUACAACCAAUUGCUGGAGGCGCAGCGCGUGCCGGCCCCGCCCCCGCAGCCCCACGAGCGGCUGUGGACGGCGCCGGAGCUGCUGCGGGACGAGGCCCUGGAGCGCCGCGGCUCCUUCCGGGGCGACGUCUACGGCAUCGGCAUCAUCAUGCAGGAGGUGAUCUGCAGGAGCCCCCCGUACUGCAUGCUGGGGCUGCCCCCCGAAGAGAUCAUCGAGAAGGUGCAGCGGCCGCCCCCCCUGUGCCGCCCCGCGGUCUCGGCCGACCAGGCCCCGCUGGAGUGCAUCCACCUGAUGAAGGAGUGCUGGAGCGAGCAGCCCGAGAAGAGACCCACCAUCGACCAGGUGUUCGACCAGUUCAAGGGCAUCAACAAGGGCCGCAAGACCAACAUCAUCGACUCGAUGCUGCGCAUGCUGGAGCAGUACAGCAGCAACCUGGAGGACCUGAUCCGCGAGAGGACCGAGGAGCUGGAGAUCGAGAAGCAGAAGACCGACAAGCUCCUGACCCAGAUGCUGCCGCCGUCGGUGGCCGAGGCGCUGAAGAUGGGGACGCCGGUGGAGCCCGAGUACUUUGAGGAGGUGACGCUCUACUUCAGCGACAUCGUGGGCUUCACCACCAUCUCGGCCAUGAGCGAGCCCAUCGAGGUGGUGGACCUGCUCAACGACCUCUACACGCUCUUCGACGCCAUCAUCGGCUCCCACGACGUCUACAAGGUGGAGACCAUCGGCGACGCCUACAUGGUGGCCUCGGGGCUGCCCAAGCGCAACGGGAACCGGCACGCCGGCGAGAUCGCCAACAUGUCCCUGGACAUCCUCAGCUCCGUGGGCACCUUCAAGAUGCGCCACAUGCCCGAGGUGCCCGUGCGCAUCCGCAUCGGCCUGCACUCGGGGCCGUGCGUGGCGGGCGUGGUUGGGCUGACGAUGCCGCGGUACUGCCUGUUCGGGGACACGGUGAACACGGCGUCGCGCAUGGAGUCCACCGGGCUGCCCUAUCGCAUCCACGUCAACCAGCGCACGGUCGCCAUCCUGCUCUCGCUGCAGGAGGGGUUCAAGGUCGACAUUCGUGGCAAGACCGAGCUCAAGUGGCCGGGAUUUGCCCCAAAACCCCAAAAUGGCCGGGAUUUGCCCCAAACCCGCAGUGCGAGCAACCACGGGAUCAGCCUGGACGAGAUCCCGGCCGAGCGGCGCCGGAAGUUGGAGAAGGCGCGGCCGGGCCAGGUGCUGAAAUAGCCCCGCCCACCAGCUGUAGGCGGCCUCGCCCCGCCCCAGAGGGGCGGAGCCAAUGCUGAUUGGCCGCCGAGGGACCUUGCCCUGGUGACGUCACAGGAGGCGGAGCCUGGGCAACACAAAGGGGAUUUGGGGGCGGGGCUUGGACCCAAGGAAUGGGACUUGGCUCGAGGGGAGGGGCUUGACCCUAAAAUGGGCGUGGUUUGGAUUUGUGGGUGGGGCUUUGCCCAAAAAGGAGGCGUGGCUAAGCCAGAAAUAGGCGGGCCUUGCAUUUAUGGGCGUGGCUUGGCCCUGAAAUGGGUGUGGCUUGCUCCCGGGGCGGGGCCCCAGCAGCCAUAAAGGGGCGGAGCCCUCAGGGAUUGUUCAUCCAAUCAGAGCUCAGGGCGGCCAUCUUGGGCCAAUGGUGGCGCAGCUCCGCCCUCAAGGGGCGGAGUCACUGUUCCCGCUCGUUUCUCCCGGAGUUUUUCCCAAUUUUCCCGGAUUUUACCCCAAUUCCCGAGGCCCCGCCCCCUUCCCCAGGCCCCACCCCUUCUCCUGUAGCUCCUCCCACCUCCCCAAAUAAAGUCGAUCCCAAAGAU